AGCUUAACUCACAUUACAUGAAUCCCGUGCCCUUUAAAGUUGCUCCUCUCUCUCCCGCCCUUGCCAUUUAAUAAGUCGGUCAUCCAAUCCAAACCUCCCCAACCCUUACAUUCUUCCAGAUUCCAAAUUCCAAACCAAACUCUUUCAACCAAUUCAACAAACACCGUCUAAACAUGUCCAGAGCCACUGUCGAGCUCGACUUCUUCGGCAUGGACCAGCACCACCGGGAGGCCCCCUCCUACUCCUCCAAAUCCCAAUUCCAGAAAUUCCUCCACCGACCCAGAAGCUUCCGAGGCAUUCACACCGCCAUGUCCAAGAUCAACCCCGAGGCCUUCAAGUCCGUCAUCACUUCCGGCAAUGCCAGUCCCAGCAUUCCAAAUCCGAGGAAAUCGUUUUCGGUGCCGUCGAGCCCCAAGGUGGAGCAAGUCCUGUUUCCCCGUUUGCCACUCUACGCUCCCACCGCCACUUCCGUUUCCUCUGUCGCGUCUGCAACUUCCGAGAGCCUCCAGGAAACAACGCCGAUGACGAUUUUCUACAACGGCACCGUCUCUGUUUUCAAUGUCCCUCGCGACAAGGCGGAUAGCAUAUUGAAACUUGCUUUGGAAGGAAACUCCCGCAAAGCUGCAGAAGCAGCGUUAGCCGUCGAUCCAAAACUUGCUCUUCAUCCAAGUGAGCAGCAGCAGCAACUUGUGGAUCCUCUUAGCGAAUAUCUACCAAUUACUCGUUCUAAGUCAUUGCAGAGGUUUCUCGAGAAACGCAAAGAGAGGUUGAAUGCGGGUUCUCCUUAUGCUGACCAAACCUAAUUAACGCGUUUAGACAACCAGCACAUGACAAAAGUAGAAGAAGAAGGAGAGGAGACUGUCAGAGAAGACUGAUUCCAACCUCCUAGUCUAAGAAAGAAAAAGCACUUAUUUUAGUAGAAAACGAAAGAUGAGAGCGUAUAUUGUUUCCUUGUGAAGGAUGCAAAAGCACUUGUCGUAAAGUCUCUUUGCACGUUUUAGUGAUGGCCCUUGGCUAUUUGGGGCAUUCAUAUCUAUGCCUGCUUCCUGAAACUUUCAUGUGGUCUUUCAAAGUGGAAUAUUUUUGAGACCAUUCUUUUAUUUGUAAGCUUUUUUAUAUUGCUAUUAUUUAAUAUACUUAUUAUUGUUAUUA